CUGACUUAUUGACUCUCAACAGGCUCUGCGACUUCACACUCCAGCUAGGUGUUCGGUGUGGUUCAGACGCUCCCAUCUUUUCUGUUCAGGUUCACAGAUUUGCAGGCAGUGCAAACACUAAGCAGCCAUGGAUGCUAUCAAGAAGAAGAUGCAGAUGCUCAAGCUUGACAAGGAGAAUGCCUUGGACAGAGCUGAGCAGGCCGAGUCAGACAAGAAAGCAUCUGAGGACAGAAGCAAACAGCUUGAGGAUGACCUGGUAGCACUGCAGAAGAAGCUGAAGGCCACUGAGGAUGAGUUGGACAAAUACUCUGAGGCCCUGAAGGAUGCACAGGAGAAACUGGAGCUCGCUGAGAAGAAAGCCACAGAUGCUGAGGGUGAUGUAGCUUCCCUGAACAGACGCAUCCAGCUGGUUGAAGAGGAGCUGGACCGAGCUCAGGAGCGUCUGGCCACAGCUCUUACCAAGCUGGAGGAGGCUGAGAAGGCUGCCGAUGAGAGCGAGAGAGGCAUGAAAGUCAUUGAGAACCGAGCAAUGAAGGACGAGGAGAAGAUGGAGCUGCAGGAGAUCCAGCUGAAAGAGGCCAAACACAUCGCUGAGGAGGCUGACCGCAAAUAUGAGGAGGUGGCCCGUAAGCUGGUGAUCAUUGAGAGCGACUUGGAACGUACAGAGGAGCGUGCUGAGCUGUCCGAGAGUAAAUGCUCUGAGCUGGAGGAGGAGCUGAAGACCGUGCAGAACAACCUGAAGUCUCUGGAGGCCCAGGCAGAGAAGUACUCACAGAAGGAGGACAAGUACGAGGAGGAGAUCAAGGUUCUCACAGACAAGCUGAAGGAGGCUGAGACUCGUGCUGAGUUCGCUGAGAGAUCAGUUGCCAAGCUCGAGAAAACCAUCGACGACCUGGAGGAUCAUCUAUACAAGCAGCUUGAUAAAAACCGUCUUCUGACCAAUGAACUGAGAGUAGCCUUAAAUGAGGCCUAACCUGGAAAGGGUUUGCUUGAUGUUGGCACUUUUUUUAUGUCGCAAAAUAAUCCAAGAGCAUUGUGGAUUUAUUAGAUUAAGCAGGUAGAGAUUGACAUCUACACCACAGAAAUAUAAUCAAAUGGUACAAAUUGCAGUAUACUCAGAUGUUAAAGAUGGGGUAUCAGAAAGUAAACAUGGUGUUGCGUGUUUUCUUUUUUUUUUUCACUGAAUUAGUUAGUUAAGUUUAUUUUACUGCAGGUUUGACUUGCUCUGCCUUAUAGUUACUGGAGUGAGUUACUUCUACAUGUAGCACAAGCCCCAAAACAAGUAAACAAGAGAAUCACUAAGAUUUGCAAUUCACCUCCAGACUGAGCUCUUAAAAAUAAAUAAAACACAAAGUAGGGUUUCUACAUGGUAGAUUAACCUAUUCAGAUGUAUAAAAACCCUCAUUUAAAUUUGUGACAAAUGACAAUAACUUGGUUAAGUUAAUUCAUAUCUAAUAGAUAAAAAUGUUCUUUUGAUCCCUAACAAACUACAAAAAGUCAGCUGAGACCAAAUUCUUUGGGUAACGGAAGGUGAAUAUCUAGGUUGAGUUAUUUCAUAGUUAAAAGAACUCCAAUGUGUAGUGAAAAGGAUGAACACAUUCAAAAUAUAACUGAAUGUAGUUUAAGACCCACUGUGGAAAAACUGGACUGACUUUCCAAGUACUAAAUUUAAGAUUAUUAAAUUUCAGACCACUCGGAAACCUUGGUUAAAUACACUUCAACUUUUUUUCGUUUUUUUUUAACUCAAAAUGAUUUGCCAUGCAGUAAAAUGAAAUUAAGUUUCUAUUUCUGCUUGAUUUUAGAGUCUGAGAGGCUGAAGUGGUAUUUCAGCAGUAAUGGAUUUGUUUCAAAGCCUAAUUUCAAAGAAAAUGAUUUAAAGUUAUAAUUAUUUUUAAAAGUUGAGCACUGUAAUUAGUCCCACUAAAUGCAUUGGAGUCUAGACUUCAUCUCUGUCAAUAGCUUGAGUUAAACCUUGUCAAAUGUUUAUCAUUAAUUUGGGUUUCUGGUACUAGUUUACAGCAUGAAGCUUUUCAGAUGUGCUUGGUGAACACUUAAUGGGGGGGUGAAAUUAAUUUUGAUUCUUGGCUCAUCAGCAUGUAUGUUUUCUGUCCACCAGAACCUCAACAAUGUAUAUUCUCUGCACUGUUUAUCUAGUGGUCCUAAACUGAUAUAAUGCUGUAUUGACAGACAAACUCGCACGCGCUAAAGAAGAGGGCCUGAGCGUUAAGCAGAUGAUGGAUCAGACCCUACUGGAGAUGGUUAAUAUUUGACCCAGCUCUGUUCCUCUCCACUACCUGACUUCACAUGUUCUAAAUGACCGACUCCCACAUGCUGCUGCUACGGUAGACAUGUGGGUCUGUGUUUAGCUGUACCUCUGGCAUUGUUGACUACAGAACACAAGCUCUGUAUGAAGUAGCAGAAAAGGCAUUGAGCGCCAGCUCAGCUACAGUGUUUAUAUUGCACUCUCUGUUCAAAGACCUGUUUAAGUUCGCUGUACAUGACCGAUGGUUUACAUAUGUGUUGGGACUUUGCACUUUUGAUGAUGAAAAUACUGCACAUUAUCAUUAUGAAUGAAGCCAUAAUUUAAGCCAAGCCUGUAUAAAAGGGACUUUUAUUAUAUGUACUUUUGUAAGAUCAUGUAUGUGUUAGUUUUUUCUUUUGUUAUAAACUUGCAUUCAAUGUCUGAUCUUUUUUUCUUCUGAAAUUUAAGGACUUCAGCUAUGUGAAGCAAACACUUGUGCUCUGUACCGUUUCUAACAUUUUCUCCCAUGAAAGCUAAUUUGCUUGUUUUCCCAUACAUUUUUAUCUUGGAAAUGUAAGAAUAAAAGAUUAAACCAGA